AAGCCCAGCUUUCAAGACAACUCGACGCGUGGUGCGCAUGGUCACUCUUCUUAUCCACGAUCGGCGUGGCGAUGAGCCCAUGGAGAUACUAGUAGAAGUCUAUGUACCUCUUCGAAUGGACGAUGAACCGGCCGUUGGAUAUUGGGCAGAUGCUGAGGAGGUUUCUCAUGAAUUACAGAGGGGCCCAUCCAGGAUAGAUGGGAGAGCUAAAUUGUAUUGUAUGCGAGGGAAAUACCGACAAUACAUCAUGAGGGUCACAUGCGGGGGAGCGAUCAAAUGUCACACCGCGAAUCUGUUAAUCACAAAGCAAAGAACGUUAGACAUCUAUGUUGAGGAUGCACCUCACGAUUGCGACAAUGAGUGUGUAGCGGCUCAUAUGGCCGAACUUGCCGGAUCACCGCCGCAUUACGAACGCGAGAUGCUCACACCUGUGACGGAGUCUAUGCUGUCUCCGACUUCCGAGGUGAUGAUCCUUGACGAGGAUGACCUUGAAAGCGUAUCGCAACCUUCCUCAUCAAGAAAGAGACGACGUUCUACCAGCACGCACUCCGAUGCGCCUGAUCUGCGGCACUCCUCUCAUCGUGCUAGCCCUUCAGGCCCUCAUCGGCCUUCACCAAUUCCUCAAGAGCAGCCCAUGAUGCUCACACCGUCUACCACUCAGACAUCAGCCGCGUCUCAAGAUUCUCACAAUGCACAUGUGCCCUCUCCGUCGCCUCCCCAAGCUGGUGCAUCUCAUGAAAACUCCCAAUUCCUCCCCACCCCUUCAUCUUCGCAAUCAUCUCCAUCUGAGGAGGAGCUGUAUGAGAGCUCUAGAAGCUCUAGCUCCUCUGAGUCUGAUUCCUUGCCUCCCAACAAAGUCAGACGUCUGGAUGGGUCGCGAGAUGUUUCGCCUGCUCAGAACGUCAGCUUCCCCAUGAGCCACUCGCGGGCAGUCCAAGAAGAACUCCAAGCUGCUCCUGCCGCUGCUCUGGCCGCACAACCUCCUGCUUUGGCUACCCCACCGCCUGCUCCGGCUAAUCCGUUCCUACGGUCUUCGUUCGCGCGAUUUGCCACCUCGCUCGGUGUGUCCAACACACAAACUAGAAUGUCUGGGGACCCUUUCCCCAAGACUUCGACUCUUCCCUCUGCCGGUCUCAACCCGAUUAGCCCUGCUUCUGAGCAGGACAAUGCAGUGAGCAUGCAUUUGCGGUCCCUGAUAUUGGAAGACCCAGCGUGGGAGAAGUUCCGCAUCGGUAGGCAACACAAUCUGACGAUGUCGCAGCAAAUGCAGCAAUAUGAAUACGUGAAGAGCAUGUUUGACAAGUACGUGUCUAAGUACACGCCUGCUGAUCUGAAGGGUGCGCCCGGCGUGCAGAUUACGAAGUCUCACGUCAUGCGUGCAUUCAAUCUGCCUGACAAAUGGGGAGAGGAGGGCAUGGAGAUGCUGACUCUGACUGCGCUGUACGGGCCUGGUGGAAAGUGUUGUGAGGAUGCCAACGUCAUCGCGAUGAUGGAGGAGCGACAUCCGAUUGCUACAAAGAUGCAAGUUGAGAAGUUCCUGAAACUGCUUCGAGAGACACAUAGCCGUUGGACUCUUGAGCAUCCGGACCUUUUGCAGUAAGAGAAGGCGUCUAUGGUCCAUGACAGUUUCUGGAUGACAA